AAAUCGUGCGGGCAGUGUUGGCAUUGUAGACGGUGGAUUAAAUGGAAGCAACAUUGUCUUCAGCGACGGCAAGAGGAUGUUGGAACCAGGCACGUCCUUCGGCAGAACCUUUGUUGCUGAGAAGAGUGGAGGCUGGCGAUCGGAAUCCCUGUUUACUCUCCAUUGCGCGCCCUAACAAGUUCGUGCAGCUAUCACUGACUCGAACUGGCUAUCGCAGCACCAAUAAUCUUCUCUUCAAGGUUUUAUCUGCUGAAAAAGAACAAGUUCACGUUGUAGAGGGAAGGAGUGUCGAUGAGUUAUAUGAUGCAUUGGUUUCACGUCUUCUGCCUCCAGUGUCAGUUUCAUCAAGUCCUAAUCAUAAGCUUUUAGUUGGCUUGGCUGGUCCUCCAGGUGCUGGAAAAAGCACUCUAGCGCAUGAAGUAGCCAAACGUAUAAACAAGCUUUGGCCAGAGAAAGCUUCCUCCUUUGACUCUCAGAUUCAACCGCCAGAUGUUGCUGUUGUGGUUCCCAUGGAUGGUUUUCAUCUGUAUCGUUCUGAACUUGAUGCAAUGGAGGAUCCCGAGGAAGCACAUGCUAGAAGGGGAGCUCCAUGGACAUUCAAUCCCUUGCGACUGCUUACAUGUCUCAAGAAUCUAAGGAUUAAUGGAUCUGUGUAUGCACCAUCAUUUGACCAUGGUGUUGGGGACCCAGUGGAAGAUGAUAUCUUUGUGAACCUUCAGCACAAAGUUGUUAUUGUAGAAGGUAACUAUUUGCUCUUGGAAGAUGGGGGAUGGAAGGAGAUAUCAUCUUUGUUUGAUGAGAAAUGGUUUAUUGAUAUUGACAUUGACAAAGCAAUGCAACGUGUUUUAAAGAGGCAUAUUUCAACUGGUAAACCGCCUGACAUCGCUAAACAGCGGAUAGAGAACAACGACAGGCUCAAUGCAGAACUUAUAAUAAAGUCCAAGAAAAAUGCUGAUAUACUAAUCAAGUCAGUUGAUUUCUGAGGAAUCUGUUCGGCUUUGAGCUAAGUCAAACCCAAGAGAAUAUUAUAACUUCAGAAGGAUGUCUGUUAUGAAAGAAUUGUUAUUAUGAUUUUUCACUAGACCAAUAAACUGCUCUGUUGUAUACUACAGAUGCUGAUAUACUAAUUAAUAUUUACAGAAAUUCAAACAUGAAUGUCCUUUUUUUUAUUUUUUAUUUUUAGGUUAUUAUUUGAUUCAAUGUACUUGCAAUGAAACUCAGACUGUCAUUUUAUGAACAUGUAUUAUGUAAUUUUCU